CAGUGCUUUGCAGGUUGCUUGACCCAGUUUCUGCUCACGUGACAUGUAUUACUAGUAUGGUGAGAGUCACAUGAUUAACGAGUUUGCAGGGUCAAGCAACCUGCAAAGUACAUGAGAUACAUAUGUACUCAUCUGUAUGAUUAUUUUAGAAUGUUGACCUUCUACAGCUUUUGAUGGAAGCCAAAGCAGAAGAUGAUCAAAUUUGUCCUGGUUCUAAGCAAUUAACUGAUGAGGAAAUAAUUUCUGCUUCGUUAUUGUUUCUAUUAGCUGGAUAUGAGACAACUGGUAACCUAUUGGGAUUUACAGCUUAUCUUCUGGCAAUGAACCCUGACAAACAGGAUAAACUUACUCAAGAAAUCAAUAACUAUUAUCAAUGCAAUAAAGAUUCUUCUCUUUAUGAUGCUGCACAUAGCAUAGAGUAUUUAGACUGGGUAAUAAAUGAGUCACUGAGAAUAUGUGGACCAGGAUCAAUGACCUUCAGGGAGUGUGAAAACACAUGUACAAUUAAUGGAGUUACUAUACCAGCAGGUUGUUCAGUCAUGAUACCUAUGCAGAUUCUACACCAAUUAGCUGAACAUUGGGAACAGCCUGAAAUUUUUAGGCCAGAAAGGUUUAGUCCUCAUGAGAAAGAGUAUCAUCAUCCAAUGUGUUUUAUUCCAUUUGGUACUGGUCCUCGUAAUUGUAUUGGUAUGAAGUUUGCUUUAAUGGAAGCUAAAAUGUGUCUAACAAGCUUACUGAGAAAGUACAAGUUUGAGAGAGCACCAGACACACAAGUUCCAUUGAAAACUCGUAUUGGCAUUGCACGGUCACCAGCUAAUGGAAUAUUUCUUAAAGUUCUCUCAAAUGGUUUUUAACUUUUUGAUAGAUUAAAUAUUAUACUUAGUUUCAGAACAUCAUUAAUUUUUAAUUUUUUAAUAUGAUAUUCUAUUUUAGUGAUUUUGAUGCCAACCUUA